AGAGUGAGCCGCGAAGUGCCGCCGCCGCCGCCGCCGCCGCCGCUUCCUCCUCCGCCGCCUCAUCGCCAUCAUGAGCACGACGUUGGCCAAGAUCGCCGAGAUAGAGGCUGAGAUGGCCCGGACGCAAAAGAAUAAGGCCACAGCACACCAUCUGGGGCUGUUGAAGGCUCGCCUGGCCAAACUGCGUAGAGAGCUCAUCACACCAAAAGGAGGUGGAGGAGGUGGUCCAGGAGAAGGUUUUGAUGUUGCCAAGACCGGAGAUGCCCGGAUCGGUUUUGUGGGCUUCCCAUCAGUGGGGAAAUCCACUUUGCUUAGCAACCUUGCUGGCGUGUACUCUGAAGUGGCAGCCUAUGAGUUCACCACAUUGACCACUGUACCCGGGGUGAUUCGAUACAAAGGAGCAAAAAUACAGCUCCUUGAUCUUCCAGGAAUCAUUGAAGGUGCAAAAGAUGGGAAGGGUAGAGGUCGCCAGGUCAUUGCAGUUGCUCGAACCUGCAACCUUAUUCUGAUAGUUCUGGAUGUACUGAAGCCUCUGGGACAUAAGAAGAUAAUUGAGAAUGAGUUGGAGGGCUUCGGGAUACGCUUGAAUAGCAAACCUCCCAACAUUGGCUUUAAGAAAAAGGAUAAAGGAGGCAUCAACCUCACAGCCACCUGUCCACAGAGUGAGCUAGAUACUGAAACUGUGAAGAGCAUCUUGGCAGAGUAUAAAAUUCACAAUGCUGAUGUCACACUACGGAGCGAUGUCACUGCAGAUGACCUCAUUGAUGUGGUUGAAGGAAACAGAGUUUACAUCCCAUGCAUUUAUGUAUUGAACAAAAUUGACCAGAUCUCCAUUGAGGAGCUAGACAUAAUUUACAAAGUGCCCCACUGCGUUCCAAUCUCUGCUCACCACCGGUGGAACUUUGAUGACCUGUUGGAGAAAAUCUGGGACUACCUGAAACUUGUGCGAAUAUACACGAAACCCAAAGGUCAGCUACCAGAUUACACUUCUCCAGUGGUGUUGCCUUACUCUCGGACCACCGUGGAGGAUUUCUGUAUGAAGAUUCACAAAAACCUCAUUAAAGAGUUUAAGUAUGCACUUGUGUGGGGAUCAUCUGUCAAGCACAACCCACAGAAAGUUGGAAAAGAUCAUACUAUGGAAGAUGAAGAUGUCAUUCAGAUUGUGAAAAAAUAGAAAGCUCUUCUGGCAAGCCCUGAGUCCUCUGCAAUGGCCUCUCACCAGGAAGGCUACGUUGUAAAGGGCCCUGUACUUGUGAAAUGGCUGUCUGUGUAGACGCUCGUCUGACCUUGGACAUGGGGAUGAUUAAAAUCCAUUUUCCCUGCAGAUGGGAUCACUGUGA